GUUUGGCACGCGGAUGGCGCCGCGCAGGUCGUCUCGGCCCCUUCCUUUCGACAUCUCUGUGCCAUCCAAAAUUGGUAUUUAUCAACUUGCUGUCCUUCACAGUCAGGACGCGGCAAGUUGUUACCCUCGGUGAAUCUAGAAGGUCCCUUGAAGUUUCUGUGAUAGCUGAUUUAGUGGUUUUCGGGGCGCGUAAGAGAGGUGCGAUUUCUAGCACUCGGAACAAGUCGCUUGAAAACAGAAAUCGGGGCUUCGACCAAGUCCUAGUCUCACCACUGACAAGUACUUUUGCUACCGUGUAUCAUACUCCUAAACCUCAUUUCAGGAUGGCAGUGGCAUCGGUGUGGGGCUCUAUCAAACAGGCAGAGACCAGUCUGCAGGAUGUCAUGUCAGAGCAGAUGGCUGUAGAUUUACAAAACAAGGAAAAUGCACUGGCUGGCUUGGCUGCAGUGCCAGCUGUCACCCCAAUCAGUGUGGAGUCAGUGGAGGUACUUCCUGAAGAGGAUGUGAGCAGUGACCUGUUGCUGGCCCAGCUCAUGCAGGACCAGCUGGACCGCGAGUGCGACGAGAUGCUGCAGCGGGAGCAGAACAAGGUCAACGGUGACUCCAAGGUCAGCGUCAGCUACGAGAUGUACCGCCUGCGCCACCCGUACCCGGUCCUGGAGUCGGAGGAGGAGGAGGAGGACUACGACGACGACGUGGACCGCACGUGCGAGUGGGACUCGUUCGAGACGCGCGAGCGCGACGCGCCGCACAUCCCGCGCUGCGGCUACACCGUGCACAACGACCGCAUGGUGACCAAGCACGACCGACACAUCGCCGGCCGCAAGAACGCCUGCAAGGUCAUGGACCUGCCGCCCAACAUCUGCACCGGCGACGGCGGCAGCUUUGACAUGGAGAUCAACAACGGGGUGCUGAACGCGCUGCGGAAGCACGCUAGGGCUGACGGCCAGCGCAAACACCGCGUGGCCGACAAGGAGGACCGUGCCACGUCCUCCGCGCUGGACCGCCCCACGCGGCUCAUGAUCCUGAAGAUGCUCAACAGCGGCGUGGUGGACGGCGUGAACGGUGCCAUCAGCACCGGCAAGGAGGCGUACGUGUUCCACGCGCGUGGCGGCAGCUCGGAUGAGAUUGAGGUCCCGGACGAAUGUGUUUUGAAAGUUUUCAAGACCACACUGAAUGAAUUCAAGACUCGAGAGAAGUACAUCAAGGCGGACAAGCGCUUCAAGGAUCGCAUGGCCAAACAGAACCCGCGCCGGCUGAUCCAUCUGUGGGCCGAGAAGGAGCUGUGCAACCUGAAACGGCUGACGCGCGCCGGCGUCCGCUGUCCGCUGCCGCUGGUGCUCAAGGAGCACGUGCUGCUCAUGUCUUUCAUCGGCGAGGCGCGCCGACCGGCGCCCAAGCUCAAGGACGUGGAGCUCACCGAGAAACAGUGGCGCGACGCCUACAACCAGGUUUUGGAG